CAUGGGACUGGCAGAUGAACGCACCGCGUACGCGCUUUCUCUCGAUUUGACAGGAACUUCAGGAAGUAAUGUUGUCAGAGUGAGAAACAACAUUUCAGGAUUUACUGCAGUGUUGUGCUAUCGUUCUUUGUGUAGGUCUUAUAUAUUUGUCUACACUUACUGGACAAAAUGAGCCUGAAAGAAGAGCCAGAAAGUGAAGCCAAAAGAAACCAAUCAGAAUCACCCGAGUUCACAUCAACAAUACACAAACACACAGACCUCAGUGAAGAAACAAGUGUUCAUGAACACAAAAAUAAAAGAGCAAAUUCAGAGAGGGCACAUUCUCCUGCCCCUAGCUAUAUGUCUUUGAAAUCAGAUUGGUCAAUGGAUCUACCAACUAACUUCAAAAGCGGAGAAGCAUUUCCUUUGGGUUUAAGUGAAUCCAAAAAGGGGAUAUGUGAACUUCCAACACUGAAAGAUGAUCAUGUGGAAAUAACGCACUUGAGUAAAGAACCAAGUGAUGAACACAAAAAUAUAAGAGUAAAGUCAGAAAGAGCAGCUUCUCCUGCACCCAGCUAUAUGUCUUUGAGAACAGACUGGUCAAAGGAUCUGCCAACCAACUUCAAAGAUUUUCGUUUGGAUACAAGAGUAAGAUCAGAGAGAGCCGCUUCUCCUACACUGUCUUUGUUGUCAGAUUUGUCCGUUGAACCACCAGCUAACUACAGAGCUGAAGACGCUUUCUCCUUGGAUUCAAGACUUCUGACGAGCCAUCACUUUAGAUGUCCAGUUUGCAAAUCGAUGUUGAAGGAUCCGGUGUCCAUCUCGUGUGGACACAAUUACUGCAGAGGAUGCAUUAAUGAAUUCUGGGACAACUGUGCAGGAGAUUAUGUCUGUCCUCAAUGUGGUAACCCAUCAGAAACUCGUCCAGUGCUGAACACAAACGCAGCUCUGGCUGAGGUGGUUAAAAGCCUGCAACAAGCAGGUUUCAGUCCAGCACUUCCACCACAAUCCUAUGCUGGACUGGAAGACGUGGCCUGUGAUUUCUGCACUGAGCAGCGAUUGAAAGCUGUGAAGUGUUGUUCAACCUGUGGUGUGUCCUUCUGUGAGACUCACGUCAGGCCACAUUACACAAUUCCAGCACUACAGAAACACACACUGUCAGACGUGACUGGAGACAUAAAGACGAAACCUUCACAGGAGCACCAGAACACAGACAGCAGCUUCAGCAGCACCGUCAAUGAACAACAGGAUCAGACAGAUAAAACUCAACAUGUAAUGGAAGAAAUCGGGAGCAUCUUAAAUUCUGUGUUGAAUACCUGCACAUCAGAGACAGAAGUUAGUAAAGAUGAUACUACUGUUAGUGGUCUUGCACUCUUGUGCUCCAAACAGCAAGAUGAUUCAGGGCAUACAAAAGGCCUCUCCAAGUUGAAUGAGAAUGAUAAAAAGAACUAUGACUACGAGGACCAUGAAAAUGACUAUGAGGACUACACUGAGAAUGAUUUGGAUGCAUGGAAUGAUGAGGUAGAGCCGGAGGAAUAUGAUCAUUUUGAUGCGGAAGGUUAUGAUGACACAGAUGAUUAUUAUGGGGAUAAUUAUGCUGAUGAGAGAGAAAUAGAUGAUUAUAAUGACACUGUAGACUAUGGUGAUUAUUAUGAUGAUUAUGAUUAGGGCUAUUAAGUGUCAAUUAAUGAUUUGAAUUGUUAUACACUCUGCACUUUCAUAGCUGCUAAGACACAUUUUAUUCUCCAAUUAAUGAUGUAUUGCAGGGUAUGUACUGUUUUUGUAUGAACACAGUAUAAUCUGCCAUAAAAUCUUCUCUCAACUUGUAUCAGAUUGAUAUAAGAUUAAACAUUUAAGAGAGCACUGGAUUAAUGUUAGUUCAGACAAAGUUUUAAGAUCUCCACAUUGGCAAAAACCUUUAAACGAUCUGAUAAUUAUUUUGUAAACUGUUACCAUGAGUAAAAAACAGUAACUAUAAAUAAUUUAAGAUGUUGAUUGUCUUUGUCAGUCUUGGUAGGUGUAAAGUAUUUGAGUAAUUGUAUACUAUUCAUUAUUUUGGAGAAUCUGUACUUUACUGUUCUGUUGAAACCAAAUGCUUGUACAUAUAUGUCAUCAUGAUGUAAAUUUGGCCACACUGAUUUAAAAUAUAAAUUAAAUGAGUUUAAGUUUCCUUUUAUAUAACUUUUCCUUUUAUUUACAUUAUAAUCUAACUUGAUAGCCAUACUCUAGAAAACUAUACAUAAAUUAGACUAGUUCUAUACAAAGUUUUUGCAUUGAAAAUGCUAAAAUUUAGAUUAAAAAAAUCUACUGUCUUGUUUUCAAAUUUCAUUUUUAAAAAACUUAACCCAUUUAAGCCCACCGGCAACUAGUUGCAACAGUUUAUAGUUGUCAUUUUCCUUUUGUAAUUAUUUUUCUAGAUGUUAUCCAUGUUUAAUGUCUCAAUGACAUGCAAGCAAACAACCAAAUAAAGGAUUUAAAAAAAAAACAUGAAUAAAUAAAAAGGGUAUUUUCAAAAAAUACUCAGUGGCAUCAGUGGUUCAACCGUAAUUUUAUGAAGCUACGAGAA